UUCACAAAAGUCAAAACUUUCAUGUGGCUACCGGCUAAAAAAAUAACUUUCUCGUCUUUUCUGAAAAUAAACAAAUUUCUACCCAUUUUUACUUAAAUAAAACACUAAUAAGUGAUUUAAUUAUUUCCAUUAAUAAUAUUUUCUUAAAACUAAUCGAAAAAGAAAAACCUGUAUAAAAUGGCUGCAGCAUUUGAUGUUGGUGCAAACGAAGGUCCCGGAUUUGUUGGUAUUCGAUUUUGUCAAGAAUGCAAUAACAUGUUGUAUCCAAAAGAAGACAAGGAAAAUAAAAUUCUAUUAUAUGCCUGCAGAAAUUGUGAUUACAAACAAGAAGCUGACUCAAAUUGUAUUUACGUGAACAAAAUUAUGCACGAAAUUGAUGAAUUAACACAUAUUGUACCGGAUGUUAUAUCUGAUCCAACUCUACCAAGAACCGAAGAUCAUGCCUGUCCGAAGUGUACUCAUCGCGAAGCUGUAUUCUUCCAAGCUCAAACUCGACGAGCUGAAGAGGAAAUGAGACUGUACUACGUCUGCACAAACCAGAACUGCACUCACAGAUGGACAGAAUAAAAGAAAAUGGAUAUGAUUUUUAAUAAAGUUUUAUUUUGUUUAGUAAAUA